AUGACUGUAUCCAAAAUCGUUGAACUAGCUUCCCGGAUCAGUGAUAACACUGCCAAGGUUGACGCCUACCUGCGCGAGAAUGCUCUUCCAUCGCCCUCCUUCCACGAAGAUGGACCUGUCGAUUUUGGAAUUCGCUGCGAACAGACCAAGAAGGCCCAAGAAGAGGCAAUCAACCUCAGCUUCGAGCUUCAGCGCUUGCUUCUAGGUCCAUUGCAGUUCAUGAACCCGGUUCCUAACGGCUUGAGUCUUCAAGCGAUUUCUAAAUACAACAUGGCAUCCAAAGUCCCCAUUCACGGGGAGAUUUCCUUUGGCGACCUCGCCCGUGAAUGCGGACUCAGUGAAAUUAACACUCGUCGAUUCGUCCGCUACGCGAUAGUUUUCCAUCGUGUUUUCCAGGAGCCUCGACCUGGCUAUGUGGGCCACACAGCUGCGUCUCGUGUGUUGGCCGAAGACCCGGUUAUGCGUGAUGUGUUGUCUCAUUAUUUGGAGGAGUGCUUUCCUUCUUUCGCAAUGACUCUCAAUGCAAUCGAUAAAUUCAAUGGCGGAACUGAGCCGAAUCAAACGGGGUGGAAUCUCUACCACGAGACAUAUUUGAGCCCGUGGGAUUACUACGAUGCCAAUCCGGAAUCGGGCCGUCGUUUUUUCAGCACAAUGGCUUACGAAACUGAGCGCGAAGGCCGAUCUAACACCGUUCUUGUGAACAAUUAUCCCUGGUCCUCUCUCGCCAGUACCAGCAAGGAGGAGGAGGAAGAAGGGCCCGCCACAAUUGUCGAUGUCGGCGGUUCCAGAGGCUUGACCGCGAUUCAGAUUGCGCAAGCUACCCCUGAGCUUGAAAUCAUCGUCCAGGAUCUCCCGGCCAUGAUCAAGGGCGCUAGUGCGGACCUCUCCGCCACAAUCAAAGAUCGAGUACAGUUCAUGGCCCAUGACUUCUUCCAGGUGCAGAAUGUGCAGGCAGACAUGUACAUUUAUCGACAUGUAUUUCAUAACUGGUCGCAUGAAAAUGCGGUCAAGAUCCUGCGAGCAUUGAUUCCCGCGUUGAAGACUGGGGCGAAGGUGCUGGUCAAUGAUUAUAUUGCCCCUGCUCCGGGGACCUUGAGCCCUUUGAAGGAGCAGAGGUUGCGAGAGAUGGAUAUGAUCAUGCUUACCCUCUGUAACGCGUACGAGCGGGAAGAUCACGACUGGAAACGAUUGUUCCGAGAUGCAGAUCCACGGUUUGAGAUCCUGACCAUGUUUGCACCAAAGGGAGCUACGGAGGGGAUUAUUGAGGUCGUCUGGAGAGGAUGA